GCAUGCAUUCAAACAUAGACACACACACAUACACUCUCUUGCGUUCUGUUCACUUUCUCACACACUUCCCCUAUUAAAAGCUGAGGGGACAAACAGGAUAUUUUAUGCUCUACAUACACCUUUCAUACCAACAUAUCUUACAAUUCACUACCUCAUAAAUAGACAUCAUUGAUCUCUGUACUUCUGACAGAUCAAUGGAGAACACAUCCCAACCCUUCCCACCUGUGUCUAACACCUUCUGCCUCAAUCGCUCCUCCUUCUCUGCCAUUACCACCUUCCCUGUCUCCCCCCUCUGCCCCUCCUUCACCACCCGCUUCAUCCUCCCCUCCCUCUACGCCCUCCUCUUCCUUACGGGUCUCCCGGGCAACGCUCUCUCUAUCUGGGUGUUCCUGAGGAGUAUUCCCACCCAGACCUCCACCCAUGUCUACCUGUUCCACCUGGGCCUGUCCAACCUGUGCCUCUCCCUCACCACCCCCUUCCUGGCCGCCUACUACUCACAGGGUCCAGGUUGGCCGGCCUGGAGCCCCCUGUGCCAGCUGGUCCUCCAUGGGGUCACCCCCAUUCAGCAGAUCAACAUCUACAUCAGUGUCUUUAUCCUGACCUGGGUGGCGGUCAGCCGCUUCGCCACCCUCAUCCAGCACACCCACGCAAGCCGCCCCAGCACCUGCACCACCCUGCUACCCCAUGCCUUCUUCACCAGGCUGAGACGGGUGAGGUUCGCCAAGGCUGUGUGCGCCUGGAUCUGGGGGAUGGUGGUGUUUGCCACAGUACCCGUGACAGUUUACUAUUCAGUGAAGGAGACGAAGGUGGAUGUAGGGAGUGAGGAUGGAGAGAGAGGAGGACGGGGUGAGGAGGAGGGGGGGAGGGUGUGUUACAGUGUGGCAAUGGAGAUGGGGGGAAGCCUGUCAAGGGGGGCGAAUGUGGUGUCCAUUGUGAUCUUCUUCAUGUGUUUCCUGCUGGUGCUGAUGUCGUAUGUGGCGGUGGCGAGGCAUAUAUGGAGGUCGCGUCAGUGUGCCGUUGUCAAUGGUUCCCAGAGGCUGCUGGGAAGAGUGUUCCGGAACAUCGUGGUGAUCCAGGUGGUUCUGAUAGUGUGCAUGUUGCCUUACCACAUCUUCAAGUCCAUCUUUAUCUCCAUAGUCCAGCACCAAGCUGACCCAGCCACCACCAUUAGGGGGUCCUGCCAUCCUCUCUCUGCCAUUGUUGAGGUCAAGAACUUCCUGCUUUGUCUCACCACGCUGAGGAGUUCGGUCGACCCGGUGAUGUACUUCUUGUUGGACAAGACCUUCCACAGACAUGUCAUGUUACUGCUUAGGCUCCACCCACAGAAUUCCAGCAGCCAAUCAUCCGGCGGGGCCACCACGCAGGCCACCACCAGAGCCAAUCCAAUUGGUGAGAGGUUGGAGGUGACUGUGUGUCAUAAGGGUCAGGGGUCAUGGAAAGAGUCACACUCUGUGAACUGGAGUCAGUGCAGUGCUCUGUAAAGAUUGUUUAGGAUUUUGCUAUUUUACAUUGACCACUUCCAUCACCUCAUUCAACAACAUUCCUUCAUUGACCAGGAGAAGUGAGUCCAAUACUUUUACCAUGUGGUGCUGUUUUUUUUACUCCCGCUAUAUUCAAAGAGCACGUUGUAUAUUUAUGAGCGAGAGGGAGAAGGAAUGUGUAACUGAUAUGUACACUACUGUUGGGGUCACUUAGAAAUGUCCUUGUUUUUUAAAGAAAAUCAUUUUUUUUGUCCAUUAAAAUAACAUCAAAUUGAUCUGAAAUGCAGUGUAGACAUUGUUAAUGUUGUAAAUGACUAUUGUAGCUGGAAACGGCAGUUUUUCCAUGGAAUAUCUACAUAGGCGUACAGAGGCCCAUUAUCAGCAACCAUCUCUCCUGUGUUCCAAUGGCACGUUGUGAUAGCUAAUCCAAGUUUAUAAUUUUAAAAGACUAAUUGAUCAUUAGAAAGCCCUUUUGCAAUUAUAUUUGCACAGCUGAAAUCUGUUGUUCUGAUUAAAGAAGCAAUAAAACUGUCCAUCUUUAGACUAGUUGAGUAUCUGGAGCAUCAGUAUUUGUUGGUUCGAUUAAAGGCUCAAAAUGGCCAGAAAGAAAUAUUUUUUUCUGAAACUCGUCAGUCUAUUGUUGUUCUGAGAAAUGAAGGCUAUUCCAAGCAAGAAAUCGCCAAACACACAUACACACACUUAAAAAGAGAAAGAAUGAGAGAGGAAAAAAGCAUCACUGGUGCUGUACAGACUCAACCAAGGACUGAUAGGGCCCAGAGGCAGCAGCAAUAUUGCUAACCUACACCUGCUUCAACAAGAGACUUCUGCCUUCAAUCUUUACCCUGUACCCUUUAUGCAGAGUGUACACAGUUUAUUUUUCCUUGUCUAAAUAUGUUCAAAGUGCUACCUUUUCACACACAGUUUGGUAAAUCCACCUUUAGUUUUAACCAGUGGCGGUCUGUCAUGUUCUGACCUUUAUUUCCUUUGUUUUGUAUUUAUUUAGUAUGGUCAGGGCGUGAGUUGGGUGGGCAGUCUAUGUUUGUUGUUCUAUGAUUUGGGGAUUUCUAUGUUUCGGCCUAGUAUGGUUCUCAAUCAGAGGCAGGUGUCAUUAGUUGUCUCUGAUUGAGAAUCAUACUUAGGUAGCCUGGGUUUCACUGUUUGUUGGUGGGUGUUUGUUUCCGUGUCCGUGUCUUUCACCACACGGUACUGUUUUGGGUUUAGUUCGUUCCACGUUUAUUGUUUUUGUAUUAAGUCGUGUUCAUGUUUAGUAUUUCUUAUUAAAAGAACCAUGGACACUUACCACGCCGCAUAUUGGUCCUCCCGAUCCUUCUCGCCUCUCCUCUUCAGACGAAGAGGAGGAAAUCCCUCACACGGUCAAUACCAUUUAAGAUGAGAAUGGAUUCAUUUCUAUUACAGCAUAUUGGAUGACUGUCAUUCAUAUUCCAUUCACCCAUCCCAAUGUAAAAGCGAAAGGUUUAGACUACUAAAUGAUACUGUACAUUUCCCUGUACCUAUCAUGAGGUUGCUACAACCUAGCCUAUGAAUGAAAGUUUACAACGUAGGUACACAGGUCGAGAGAAUUUUGUAGUAAUCAAGGUGACAGACAGUAACACAUUCAAUACCUCCUUGCACACUUUUUCCUGCAUCUAGCUGAUCUAGGGUGUAAUUAUUAGUCCAACAGUUGCAAAUGAAAGUUUCUAUUGGCCAAAUUUGUAUCCCCUUUUCAUUCUGCUUGCUUCCAUUUAGGAAAUGUUUUUCCACAGAAUGAAUACACCCCUGAUCACACUAAAACAGUUCACUUUCAUAGCAGCCGCAUAAAAACAGCAUGAUCCCUUUGUAUAUAUAAUUCCUUCUCGCUACUAUCUACUUGCUCAACUCUUCUCACCCUUCGCUUGUGGUCUUCAGUGCACAACACAACAGCCCCCCAAAACUUUCCAAGACAGACCUUCAUACCACGACCACUAACAGCUACACACAGCCUACAUCAUUGUCACGUCAUAGACAACAUACUAGCACGUUAGUAAACCCGCUACAAUCAUGCAGUACAGUGUACAGUCAGAACACAGUUUAGCAGUUACACCGCCGGGCCCCGGUGGCAAUAAAUUAAUAAAACCAAAAGCUUACCUUGACUCGGAAGAUAUCCACUGUUGAAUAGCCAUAGCCUGCUAGCUAACAUAGCAUCCCUCUCUGUUUCCUAGCCAGCUAGCUAACAUAGCAUCCCUCUCUGUUUGAGCCGGGUGUUUCAGUAGGCUAAAUGCAUUUUUUGGGUGGGCUCCACUUUAAACCUGCUUCAUCCUGGCUAUUUACAGCAGAUUAGUGCUGUAAUUCACAACAUCUCUUCCCAUGGCUCAGACUCCUAAACUAUUCCAGUGGGCCACAGCAGAGUGUGAGUGUGUGUGUGCAGGUGUGAGACUGUAGCUGAUUUUCAGAGCUUGAUGUGUUUUUGUGUCACGGAUCCCCCCCAUUACAGCUGCUCAUUCUGUUCACCAGUUCCAGAGGUCGAUGUCACCGGCCUUCUAGGCUGUACUGAACUGUGUCAUUAAGCACACCUGGUUCCAAUUCCUCACUGAUUGUGUUUGUAUAAAUGUGCCCUUUGUCGAUUAUUGUUCCCAGGUCCGUUGAUGGUGUGAGUACCUAUUGCGUUGUCUCAGCCUGUGCUGCAUGUUAUUGUUCCCAUGUCUGUUGGUGGUAUGAGUAUCUAUUGCAUUGUCUCAGCCUGGGCUGCUGCAUGUUUUGUGCAUUGCGUAUUACGGGUUCUGUGUCGUUCUACGAGGUUUACCCUCGCUCUUAUGUUGUUUUGUAUACGUGUUUGUUUUGGGUGUCUUAAAGACUCAGAUGAUGAUGUA